AUGUUUUUCGAGAAAAAAAUCAAUCCAUCACCCCAUUCCUCGCCUGCUAAUAAUGACAUUGACAUCGAAGUUGCUCCACACACCGCCAACACCAAUAAUGGCGAUGGCCAAACAUCGCUGAAGAGGGGUCUCAAGUCCCGACACGUCGGGAUGUUUUCAAUUGCAGGUGCUAUCGGAACGGGCCUACUCAUCAGUAGUGGAACGGCGCUGUCAAGAGGUGGCCCCGGCAGCAUGCUUAUAGCAUAUUCCUUCGUCGGGGUUUUAGUAUUGAAUAUCAUGUCUGCUCUCGGCGAAAUGGCGGUUUUCAUGCCCAUGGACAAGGGCUUUGGUGGAUAUGCUUCCCGGCUGGUUGAUCCUGCUUUUGGAUUCGCCACGGGAAUGAAUUACUUCCUCAAAUACGUGGUGCUACUGGCCAAUAAUCUCACAGCUUCGGGAAUUAUCAUGCAAUACUGGCUUCCAAAUGUCAACGUGGCCGUCUGGGUUGUUUCAUUUGCUGUUGUCGUGAUUAUUAUCAAUUUCAUGCCUGUCCAGUAUUUUGGUGAAACGGAGUUUGUUGCAGCAUGUAUCAAGACAGUUACUAUUGUCGGUUUGAUGAUUCUCUGUCUGGUCAUUGAUCUGGGAGGCAGCUCUCAAGGGCGUAUUGGAUUUAGGUAUUGGAAUCAUCCUGGCGCCUUCAAAGAGUACCUCGAACCCGAUUCCACGGGUCGUUUUCUCGGUUUCUGGGCUUGUGUGACAAACGCAUCAUUUGCCUAUAUGGGCAGUGAGAUGGUAGGUAUGACAUUUGGAGAAGCAUCACAGCCGUGGAAGACCAUCCCGAAGGCCAUUAGUGCGACUUUCUGGCGCAUUACAUUUUUCUACGUCGGGGGUGUCUUCUGCUUGGGGCUAGUCGUAUCAUCUUCGAAUGACCGCCUGAUAGACGCUACGAAAGCAAGCACUGGCGCAGGCGCUUCACCCUUUGUCGUCGCAAUAAUGGACUCGGGAAUUGCCGUCCUGCCUCAUAUAAUAAACGGAUGUCUCUUGGUGUUUGUUCUUAGUGCGGCAAAUACAGAUAUUUAUGUUGCAUCGCGUACUCUUUAUGGCUUGGCGAAAGACAGCUAUGCGCCAUCCCUUUUCAAGUUUACCAAACGAUCUAUUCCUAUAUUUUCUGUGGCGGCGGCAGCAGCAUUCUUCCUUCUCGCACUGCUGAACAUCAAUUCAGGAAGUGCUGUAGUUUUUGGAUACCUCGUAUCUCUUUCUACAAUCCUGGGAUUAUUAAAUUGGGUCAGCAUCUUGGUGACUUAUCUUUUCUUCCAAAAAGGUAUGAGGGUUCAGGGAAUUCGCAGAGAAGUUUUACCCUUUACGGGACAUUUGCAGGUGACCCGGGCUCGAAUAACUUUAUUCUUUACCGUGCUUAUUAUUCUUACCAGUGGGUUCUCUAGCUUUGUGCACAAGUUUGAUCCUAUAACGUUUGUGGUAAAUUAUGUUGGGAUAGUACUUUACGUCUUUUGGUUUGUGUCGUACAAAUUCAUCCGGCAGACCAAAUUUGUCGGUUUCUGUGAGAUGGACAUCACGACCAACAUAGUAACGAAGCAAUAUGUCGAAGAGCUUGAACGUGGCAUUUCAUGA